GGUUUGCUGUUGGUGCUACAAGGACCAGUCUUAAAAUGAGUGCGGGCCUGUGAACGUGGCGUAGGUGCGACCAUGACGAAAAAACUCGUCAAGUUUUUGAUUCUGUUCGACAACACCAACCUUCUCUACUUCCCCGGACAGUUUCUGACUGGAAGAGUCCUUGUGGAGCUAAAGGAUGACACACCGGCACUCGGGCUACAUUUCCACGUGGUGGGGGAAGGAGUUGUCCGGUUGCACAGUCAAAGGCAAGAAAGAGUUUAUGACAGAGAAAACUACAUAGACUUCCGCAUGAGGCUUUUAGGAGAACCUGGCCAGGGACCAGUAUUACUCUCUCCCGGAAUCCACAGUUUUCCCUUCAAGCUCGGGCUACCUCUAGGUCUACCCUCCACCUUCCUGGGCAAGCAUGGCUGGGUCCAAUACUUCUGUAAAGCAGCACUGAGGGAACCCAAUGGUCUAACACAUAAGAAUCAACAGGUCUUCAUUGUCAUGAACCCCAUAGAUCUCAACCUAGAGCCCAACAUCUUGUCUCAACCCUUCCGCUGUGAGAUAGAGCACAAGUUGGGAGUCAGCUGUGUCAACUCUGGUCCCGUCGUCUGUCGGGUGUCUCUAGACCGAGGUGGCUACGUACCUGGCGAGACCAUCGGCAUUUCUGCAACUGUGGAGAACCACAGCAAAGUUACCAUUAAAUCCACCAAGGCAUCACUUACUGAGACAAUACAGUACAAAGCGAGGGGGAAGGUGCUGCAGUCGGAAACCAGAGAGUUAGCAUCCCUCUCGAGAGGUAAGAUAAGACCUGGUGAGAGUGACGAAUGGAACAGCGAACAACUCUACGUUCCUCCUCUUCCCCCCACCAACCUACGUGGCUGUCACCUCAUCAAGAUACAGUACGAUGUCUAUUUUAUAAUCGAUCCGAAGAGUUUUGAAAAGGAAGUGAAACUUCAGCUGCCAAUUAUGAUGGCCACUUAUCCCUUGAGAAGUACAGAUGGAACUUUGAGAAGAAAGCAAGGGACACACUAUCCUUCGACUCUUCCCAUCUUCAGACCUUGGUUGGACGAGAAGACUUUUCAGUGACUAAAAAACAAUUAAGAAAUAUGUUUAACAAUAUUUUUCAUGCCUUAGAUCUAUAAAAAAUGUUUUUAGACCUGUUUAAAUUCUAUCUGGAAUAUACUUUCCCCUUUAACAAUCAAAUUUUACCAAAAAAAAAUUGAUCGGCAAAUCAUAUUUUGUGAUAUGUGCUAAGUAUAAGUAUUUUUCUUAUUAACCAUUAUUUUUACUUAAAAAUUUUUACUCUAAGUGUAUGUUGAUUUCUGGUAAAUUGCAGUAAACAAGUCUUUAGUCUUGUAAUUAUUAAUGAGUACUUGACAUAUUAGUCAGUGUUUAGCAUUCUGAUUAAUCAUAAUGUUGGUUUACCUCAUUGAUAAAAGCUAUGUUUUAAUAAUUUAGAAGAUUUAAUAAACUAACAAAUCAUGCUUUCUGUAUGAUAAACAAGAAUAGCUCAUAGCCUACUAAUUAAUUAUUAGAACACAUUGUAAAAAAUAUUUCUCUGUAAAUAGAUUAUUGUUGGCACAAGUUGAGUAUUCAUAUUUUAUGACGAUACGUGUAGUUUGUGCUUUAUUUUAUGAUGGUAACUUAUUUAUAACUUACUUAGUCAAAGGGUCUAAAUCUUAUGAUUGCCAUAGAAUGAAUUGACUCGUCCAAAAUCUAGUAGGCUUUGGAUGAUUUGAGAAUGGGAAUCAUUAGAUAAAUUUAAAUAAUUUAAUUAAAAUAUAAUUAAUUUGUUAAGAGAAAAUGUUGUACUAGCUGAAAUGUCCGGAUACAUAUGUAGAUUGAAGCAAAAAUAAAUAUAUUGUA